UGGAUAUGGCUUGAUGCGGCUAUCAGCAUGAAAGUCACAAUUUAAUUUGCAUUCUUUAAUGUACUAUUUAUUAAAAAAUAUUUGUUUAAUUUAGUAAAUAAGGAUUGUCAAAAAUGACAAGUCGGAUUUUUAAACUCUUAUCAGCUGAUUCUGUGAUCACGACACAGGUUCGGUAUAAAUUUUCUAGAGGAAAGCCACCACUAAUUGCUCGCAAUUUGGAGCAAAGGAUUGCAGAAAUGGAAUACAAAGAUCCAAACCUAUAUUACAAAGUAGAUAUUGGCUUCCCAUUACAAAAAAAUCAAAUAUCCAAUCUAAGAAAACAGUGGAUCGAAGAAGUUAAAGCCUGUAGAGAAAAUCCUGAAUUAGAAAAGAAAGCUUUGCUCAAUCAACUAUCCAUUGACAUGGACAAAAUUAGAGAAGUUUGGUUAUUAACAGAUGCUCCCUAUGAUAUUCAUAGGGUAGCCAAGCAUUAUGGAAUAUUUGAUGAUUUAUAUGAAGAUGCAUAUUUUUAUCCUGUUAUUCCCUUAACCAUAGAUUAUGAUUUUGGACACGAAGAACUUUUAGCAAGAGUUUAUACAGGAAAUCUAAUUAAAUCAUUCGAAGCUGAAAAAGCUCCAAAUGUUUCAUAUGAGGCAGAUUCCAAUUCUUUUUAUACGCUUCUUCUAACAACACCUGAUGGUAAUUACUCCAAUCCAGAAUUUGAGUAUUGCCAUUGGUUUAUUGGUAACAUACCAGGAAAUGAUGUUAGCAAAGGAGAAGAAAUAAUAGAUUAUUUAAGGCCAAUUCCAGCAAAGGGUAUAGGCUUUUGUAGAUACAUAUUUGUAUUAUAUAAGCAAGAUAAGAAGAUAGACUUUUCAGAAUAUAAAAAAGACAAACCAUGUUUAAACCUUGUUGAUCGUAAUUGGAAAACGUAUGAUUUUAUUCGUAAGCAUCAAGAUUAUGUUACACCAAGUGGUCUUGCAUUUUUCCAAACUGAUUAUGAUCCCUCUUUAAAAGAAUUCUAUCAUAAAACACUAGAAAUGGAAUUACCAAUAUAUGAAUAUGAUUUUCCUAAACCUUUCGUCAAACCUCAAGUAUGGUUUCCUCUCAAAGAAGCAUUCAAUAAAUAUCUGGACAGAUACAGAGAUCCAAAACAGAUCAACAAAGAGUUUUUACUGAAAAAACUGAAGAAAGAACAUCCAUUCAAAUUUCCAGAUCCACCACUAAAAUAUCCCAAUGCCCAUCCUAUUAGAGGAUAUGUUCCGUCGUGGUUAAAAACAGAGAUUCAAAAGGAACGGCUUAAUCAAGGUCGAAUACUUGAUUGUAAAUAAACAUACUACAUAGCUUAUUUAUAUUCGAGUAUUCGACUUUGUGUGAUUUUUGUAGACAUUUUAAAAAAAUAAUUAUUGUACAAAUAAAAUACAGAAUCGUUGUUAAAAAU